UGUAUAGUCCAACUUCAAAAUCUGUUCAACUUAAAUUAGAAAGGGGCCAAUUCCUGGGAAUUCGUACAGCUUUAGGAUAUAGAAAUAGCACGCCAAAUAAUGUGUUGAUUGCAGAAUCCAAGGUUAUUUUAUUAAAAGAUAGAGCUUUGAUGUUAGCUAAAAAUUUUUGUAGCAAAAUAUUUAAAUAUGGAGAAAAUACACUUAGAAAUAGUCUUAAUAACCUUCUAAACAAAGAGAUGUUUGCAAGAUAUAGAAAUCCAAGUUUUAAUAAGAGUACUAUUAGUGAAGCAUGGGAGUAUACGCGUCGUUUUAGCAACAGACUAGGUGCCCAAGAACACACUUUUGAAAUAUGGAACAUGGAAUAUAGCUCCCUGACUAAUGCGAUAAAUAUAGAUUUUGAAAUCGGCAAGAUCAUUAAAAAAAAAGGAAAAAAAAGUGACUGUGAUAUUAGUAAAAUAAAAGGAUAUAGGACUUUAGAUAUUAAAAUGAUUAACGAAAUUAAACAGAGAUAUAAGUUAGAUAAUAAAACUUUUAUUAUGUAUACUGACGGUUCUAAAGACAUAACGGCUCAAUCAACAGGUGCUGGUAUAGCCAUUGAGGAGCAAGACGAAGGUUAUUAUAUUAGUUUACCUAAGGAAUGCACAAUAUUUACGGUAGAGGCAAUAGCAAUUUCUACAGCUCUAAAGAUUGCAGAAAGUAGAAGGAAUUCCUUCAAUAAUGUAGUUAUAUUUUCUGACUCGAAGUCCGUUCUUCAAGCUAUCUCUCAAAAUAAUAUUAAUGUAUAUAAAAAUAAGUAUGUUCUUGAAAUAAGAAGGCUAUAUAGUCGAUUUAAAGAUCUUUAUUUUAAGAAUAUAUUGUUUGUAUGGAUUCCAUCUCACUAUGGAAUCUCGGGAAAUGAAAUUGCAGAUUUCCUAGCAAAAGCAGGCACCCAGGAACCGGCAAAUGUUGAAUUUGAUAUUCCUAUUAGAGAUUUAAGAAAUAUAUAUAAAAAUGAAGCGUGGAUAAGAACACAAGAAUAUGUUAUUAGAGAUUCUAGAUUGAAAGGAAAGUACUAUUUUUCUAACUUUUAUGAUAGGAACAGUAAAAUACCGUGGUUUGAACAUUUUAACGAGGAAAGAUAUUUUGUAACCUUUGUAAAUAGAUUAAGAGCGAAUCAUUAUAAUUUAAAUGCAUCGUUAGCAAGGAAAAACUAUAUAAAUGACACAAGAUGUGAUUGUGGCUACGAAUAUGAGGAUAUCGAUCACGUGAUUUGGCGAUGUCAUCGAUACGACGAAGAGAGAAUGAGAAUGGGAGACAUCUUAAGUAGCAGGAAUAUCGACGGAGUGGAAAGCGUUACAGACAUCCUGAAGAAAAAAGAUUGGAAGAAAUUUGGUGUUAUAUUCAAUUUUAUCAAGAAAUUGAACAGAAUUAUUUAAAAACUUACU